AUGGCUGAAAGUUUGGUGAAAGAGAUGGGCUUUGUGGAUCUUUUGCCCGAUUUGAUCACGUACAUUGUAAUGAUUAAUGGGUUUGGUAAUGUGGGUCGGUUAGAUGAUGCUUGUAGGCUGUUUAAGGUUAUGAAAGCACAUGGUUGUUUGCCGAAUGCUGUGAUGUACUCGGCACUUCUUGAUGGGUUUUGUAGGUCUGAGAAAAUGGAGAGAGCUUUGGAGUUAUUGACAGAGAUGGAGAAGGAAGGUGGGGAUUGUAGCCCUAAUGUAGUAACAUAUACGUCUGUGAUUCAAAAGUUUUGUGAUAAGGGUCGGUCGAAGGAGGCAUUGGUUAUUUUGGACCGAAUGGAAGCUUCUGGAUGUGCCCCAAGUCGCGUAACGGUUAGUUCUCUAAUUAAGAGUUUUUGUGUGGAGGAUCAAGUUGAAGAGGCUUAUAAACUGAUUGAUAAAGUUGUUGCGGGACGUAGUGUUACGUAUAUAGUGAUUGCUAUAGCUCUCUUGUUGUGUCUUUGGCAAGAGGUCUUGAGGAUCAUGCUUGAUAGUGGGGUGAAACCAAAUAGUUUGGUGUGUAGCAUUACGUUAAAAAAGAUUUGUUUGGAAGGACGGGUGAUAGAUGGAUUUUGCUUGUUUCAUGAAAUUGAGAAGAUGGAAUGCUUGUCUUCCAUUGACUCAGAUACUUACGCAAUUCUUUUAGUGGGGCUUUGUGAACAAAGACAUUUAGUGGAGGCUGCAAAGCUGGCAAGGCUAGUGCUAAAGAAAGGAAUUAAGCUGAAAGCUCCUUAUGUUGACAGUAUAGCUGAGAUCCUGAAGAAAUCCGGAGAUGAGGAGUUAGUUAAGCAUUUGAGUAGAAUUCCAUUUUGA